AUGUUUUCACGUAUUCAGACGAGGACUUGGGCGCCAAACCAAGUGUCGAGAAAAGCUACUUGCACUAUUCUGCCGAGACAAACAACAGCUUUAAACACUUCUUUCUAUAAUGUGCACCGGAUCCGAACUUUCAAGACUUUUCCUGCACGGUUUACACAAGAAGUCUCAGAAAAAGUACCAAGCACAGUUAGUAAACCAGCUGCCACAUUUGAAACAGCAGUUACUCGGGAGCAAACUGCUCAACUCUACCUUGACAAUGUAUUCCCCUUGAAAAUGGGUUCUUUUGAUAUUCGACAAAUGUUCUUUCGAGACAGCAAAAACUUUUUGGAAAGCAAAGCAAACCAAGCUAUCCCUUCUAAUGAUUUGCCGCAUAACUUUGUCAUUAAGGAAAUUCUUGCUCGUACAAAAGACGGUGGCGCAAUCGUAACAUUUUCAUUCAAAAGCACAGAUGGAAAGAAAAUGGAAGUAGCAAAAGAUAUUGUAGAAAGAGUAAAUGACUAUAUUUCAAAAAACAACAUUGUGGCCCCUUUCAACCUCCAAUCAGUAAGGGCAUUUUUAAUCAAAGGACAGCCGUUUAUGGAAGAUAUUUUAGCAAGAUAUCCUACACAACGAUUGAGAAUUGAAUUUCAAGGUGAAGCUGUUAGUGUUGAGAAAUUGUACACACACUUGAGGCCUUACGGGAAGAUUUUUGAUAUUGCACUCUAUCCUAAUCCAAUGGUUGCUAAAGACCCAGCACGUUAUGCGAUUGCUUCUUUUACUCGAGUAAGAUAUGCAACUAGUGCACGCAAUUGUUUGCAUGGAUAUUAUAUUGAUGGUACACGGCUCAACGUACUCUACGAGAGGCAAUUACGUACAAAUGUCGUCAAAGAUUGGUUGAUGAGCCAUCCGAGAAUUACGGUUCCAGCCAUUGCUGCCAUAUUUGCAGGUAUCACCUACGUUGUUUUUGAUCCUAUUCGUGUCUUCUUUAUUACUUCCAAGGUAACACAACGCUUUAAUCCUGAGGAAUAUGCUCUCUAUCGCUGGUUACGUAAGGAGACAUGGGCACGCCUUAUGCCUGCUGGUGCAAACCCUCGUGAUUUAUCAACAGAGUAUUCUCAAUCAUUGUGGGCUGAUGAUACAGAAAAAAUCGAGAAGCUAAAAUCAUGGCUUGCUGAAUCACCGGAAACAUUUGUCCUUAUUACAGGACAUAAAGGCAGCGGUAAAUCCGCUCUAGUCAAAUCAGCAAUUCAGGAUAGAAAGAACAAAAUCUUCAUUGAUUGCGAAGAUAUUGCUACUUCAAGAAAUCAAUCUGAAAUGACCAAAGCCUUGGCCAAAGAAGUUGGUUAUUUUCCUGUAUUCACAUGGGCUGCUUCGAUGAGCGGCAUGUUUGAUACUAUGAUUGCAGCAACAACAGGUCAAAAGACAAGUUUCUCCUCUAAUCCUGAUUCACAAAUGAGAGACAUUUUAGAGACAGUUGCUAUUGCAUUAAGAGAAGUCUUGCCUAAUGAAAAAGAAGCCCGUCGCCGCGCUGAAGAACAGGCACAACAUAAAAGCCUUUUGGAUCGAUUGAAGACCCUCAUCACAGACAAGAAAGAACAAAAAGAGAAAGACCAAGAUGAUUCAGAAGAAGACAAGUUGGAUGAAAAGGCUAUUCCGAUUGUAGUCAUUGACAAUUACAUGUACCGUGAAACUGCCAAAAAUGCUAAAUUAUGGGAAGAAUUAGCUGAAUGGGCUUCUUUAUUGAUUGAAAAUGAAAUUGCUCAUGUUGUUUUUGUCAGUUCAAAUGCUGGUGUCAUGAAAACACUCGGAAAAGCAUUACCUGGUAAAAGUUUCUCUAGUAUAGCAUUGUCUGAUGCACCUCUUGAAAUGGCCAUGUCGUUUAUAAAUAAGCAAUUAGGCUCCGAGGUAGAAGAUCCUGAGCUUCCUCGUAUUGUCUCUGCAUUGGGCGGACGUUUAACUGAAUUAGAACUUUUAGUACAAAAGAUGAAAAUGAAAAUGGAUGCUUGCACUGCUUUUGAGGAUAUUGUUGCUCGCAAUCUAAUUGAAAUUCGCAAAUAUGGCUUUGGUGAUUCUUCAGACGAUAGUACUAAACUUGAUUGGACCGCACAUCAAUUUUGGACUAUUGUAAAACUUUUGACACAAAAAAAGAGUAUCAAUUACGAUGAAAUUAAAUGGAGCUCUAGUUUCAAUGGAUCCGACGCUCCCUUGAAAGCAAUGGAACGAGCAGAACUUAUUGUCAUUAUACAAAAAGAUGGUAAGUAA